UGGCAUUUGUUUGUGUGUUUGUGUGUCUCGGUGCGUGUGUUGUGUGUCUCGGUGUGUGUGUGUGUGUGUGUGUGUGUGUGCGUGCAUGUCGUGCGUGUGCGUCCGUGCGCCCCUUGCGCCCGCAGAGUUCUUCGACCUCAUAUCCAAAGCUCAGAGCCACAGCGACGACCAGCGAGGUCUGCUGAACAAGAAGGACCUGCAGCUGCCCGACUUCCUGCGCCUGGCCCCGCCCCCCCCACGACCCCCACACCCCUCCUGCUCCACCCCGGCCUCCCGUAACCAGGGCAACGGCGGGAGGGCGGGUCACCGCGGCGACCCACGGGGGAGCAACGGACGGCGUUCCGGCGGCUUCAGCCACCUGCUGCACGCCAGCCACCAAUCACAGAGCUUGGACUCUCCGCUGGGCGGGGGGGGGGACGGGGAGACGGGGGAGGAGGGGGGGAGGAAGGGCAGGGCCGGCGCCGUGGCGCCGUUCCCCGGCAACCUGUCCCCCAUCCGGCCGUCCCAGGACCCCCCCUCCCAGAUGCUGGAGGAGGACGCGCUGUCCGACCUGACUCUGGUGGGGGAGGGCGACAUCAACAGCCCCCACCUCUCCUACGUCACCCCCUCGGCGCUGCUGCCCAAACCCCGGCCCGCCUCCGUCGUCACGGCAACAAGAAGCUCCGCCCCUCGCGCCCCCACCUCCUCCACCCCACGACGGCGGCCCCCCCUCAGGUACCCCCCUCGUGUGAACUCCUCUCCCCCGGCGUGUUUCCGUCCUCCCGUCGCCCCCGACGACGGCGUUCUGUGUCGGCAGAGAGGGCGGGGCCUCCUGACUCGUCCACUUCGUUCAGGUCGAGACCUGUGAGAGAGAGAGGAGAGCAGCUCCUCGCUCUCCCAGAAUGCACCCUGCUCCCCUCCCCUUCAAGUGAGCCCUCUCUCCCCUGUCUACUUAUCUCUCUCUCUCUCUCUCUCUCUCUCUCUCUCUCU